CACGGGCUCGAAUCCUACCGCCCCCCCCCCCUCGUCCCGCUCAAUUGCGUAAUCAUGCGCUGACUUUUUGGCGAUUCGACUGGGACUGUAUUAAAAAUGGGUAGGAAAAGCAGAUAUAAGAAGUAUAAAGCAGUGGACCCAUUUUGUGUUGGCCAGAGAAAAGACAACCUAACACGUCUUGAAAAUGUCUUCAACAAAGCACCAAAGAAAGAGGAUUUUGAGCAGAAGCCACCCAAGGGAUUCCUGGAAUUGAUGAAUUCCAUGAAGCAGGGUAAUAAUCAGAAGGAAAAACCUAUCAAGAAGAAAAAGAGAAAGGCCGAAGAAAGCAUUGAAGAGAAAGAGGGAGAUGAUGACAGGAAGAAAAAGAAGAGAUUUGAAAGACGUCCUUGGGAAUCAGAUAUGCAGUUCAUCACUAGGGUUGAUAGGAUUGCUCAGAGCAUUGUGAAUAAAGAAAAGAUGGAGAUCAUAAAGACUGGAGGAGAUAAGGAGAUGGCUCCUAAGAAACUAACCAAAGAAAAGGAAAGGAAAUUGAAAAGGAUCAAGAAAACAGCUGCAGAAGCCAAACGGAAGAAACAAGAAGAGCAGGAGGAAUAUGCCAAGGCUGCGAGAAAUGAAGAGAUGCUGGAUUCUCUGGAGAAGGAAAUGAUGAAAGAUAAAGUUGAGUUUGGAGAAGUUGCCAUGGCUCCACCAAUCCUCACAAAAGCACCCAGGAAAAGCCAAGAUGCAGCAAAGCCUGGUCAACGUGAACUGCUUCUGAAAGGACUUGUGUCAACGACUCAAUCUGGCAGUAAAUCAACGCAGCAACACCAGAAGAAGGCUGGACGGGGCGGGCCAGAUACCAGUAGCGUCCAGAAGAAGGGGAAGAGGAGAAAAGACAUGUCGGCUCUGGAGAAGGAACGCUUUGACCAGACGAGGAGUUCCAUCAUAGAAGCGUACAGGAAGCAGAAGAACACCACAAGGAUAUCAUUGCCAUUGCCGGGUGAAGAUUUGAGGUGAUGGAUCUUUGAUGGAGCCGAGAGACUCCAAAAG